AUGUCAAACCAACCUGCCCCGCCUCGCCCAUGGUUCCGUUUGCCAUCAAUAGCUCGCCCAGCUGCCCCUGCUCCAACCCCAACUCCAGAGUCGCCUCCUCCGCAACCCCGUCCAGCUCUUGCUCGACCUUCAUUUAGGCUUACUGCUCUGCCUCAGCCUGUGCCAACACAGCCUCAAGAACCCACUCCCGCACCACCUCCUUCUGCUGCGACAGUGCCACCUGCCGCUGGUAUUGCUUCAGUUCCAACAUCUCCAGCUGUAAAAGCUGCAGGUGGUGUUGCAUCAUUACCAACAUCCCCAGCUCCAAGGGCACCUGCUCCUUCAUCUUCAGUGCCAACUUCUCCUGUCCCAACUUCCACAGUGUUUCCACCCGCUACUUUUUCACUGCCACCUUCUCCAACCCUCAAACCAUCACGUACUUCGUCUUCAGUUCCUACCUCUCCAGCUUCUACACCAGCUCCAUCUGCUUCCGUCUCAACUUCUCCUUCCACUAGGCCAGUGUCAACCACAUCCUCAGCGCCAAGCUCUCCUGCCCCUGCGCCAGCGACAGUCACAUCCUCGGUGCCAAAUUCUCCAGCCACUAAAGCUGUAACCACCAGUGCAGCUCGUGUGCCUGGCCCUACACCAUCUCUAAGAAUCGUCAAGCCUACAGUUCAAACCCCACCCCAGUCACCUAAGCCUAAGCCCACUGCUCCACCACCUUCUCCUCUAACACUUCCACCUUCCCGAGUAAAAUCUGACGCUGAUCUCGAACCCAAGAUUCCAUUAGUAGCAGAGCCAAAAACUGUGUUGGUUCAGAAGAUUAUUGACAAGCCUAAGGAGGCAGGUGAUUCGCUGAGGGCCUUUGCAGACAGUCUCAGCUCUGGCAUUGCGCGUCUUGCAAAGCCAGAAACUGCCAAAGAUCAAACAAAGGAGAAAGGUAGCGGCAAGAAGAUUUCUUCAGAUUCUGAGGGUGUUGGCAUGAGGGUAAUUACAAUUGCUGGUGAAAACAAAGGUGCUUUCAUGGAAGUAAUCCGUUCUCCGAAGAAACAUUUUUUUGAAGGCAAUUCUCAUACUCUCAACAAGAAGGGUAAUCCUAGAAGUGAAGGCAGUGAUUGGGGAAGCCAGAGCAGCAGUGGUGAAGAAGGCAACAGCAAGAAGGACAAGAACCACAAAGGAAGAUCAACGGGGCCAUCUCCUAUGAGUACAUUUAUGAACAGUAAUGUGCAAGGUGUUAACAACUCAAUCGUUUACAAUUCUUCAUGCAGUUAUCAUGAUCCUGGGGUGCAUGUUGCUCUCUCCAGAAAACCUUCUGGUUCUGCUGGAUUCCAUGUCAAGGACCGUGGCAAUGGCUACCAAAGUUGA